GGGACCCAGGUUAACAUGGGGAAAAAAUCCGAUUUGGUUACAAGCUAAAAUCUGAAGAUUUACCAAAAUACACAGAGGUAGAGAACAAACAAGGGUGAAAGCUGACGGUGCUUUUACAAGAUGGAGGAAUUUGAUGGAAUGUUUGAAUUUCAAUCGAAACACAGAACUUGCAGAGUUUUUUCUGGACAGCCAACUGAAACUCUGGUGAUGCACCAAAGCCCUUCUUCCAUGAAAUGUCAAAGAGGAAUUUCCACUAGAAGUGCCAUUUUAUUGCUGCGCUCACACUGAGAUGUAAUGCGCUGAAAGACUGACCUUUGACAUUUGAGGUCUACAUAAAGAAAAAGUGCAAUGGUGUUCGAGGAGGUGCUGUAAUGUGCAGCCAGUGGGUACAGAGGAACAAUGACCUGACACGUGCAGCCCAAAAUAAGAUAAGUGGAAAAACAAAAGGUGUGAAAGGAACAAUUUAAUAAGAACCAAGGAAUCUUGGGAAAAAGAAAAAUCAUAAAUGUUACUCAGUAAGUAGUCAUUUUCAUAUGUCUGUGAUUGAGUUGAUUUUUAACAUGAUAACGAAACAUGAUAAGGCAUUAUUUAUGUGGUAUAUACUUAUGUGGUAUAUAGUGAGUAAGUGCUGAUAUUAUCUGCAUUUGGAUCACACUGUGUGCAGAUCUGUUAACCACACAAAACACUUUCAGUUCAACCACUUUUCCACCUUCACCGAUAAGUAGAGCUCACCAUUUCCUGCAUUGAGCCCCAGACUCAUUCUCCGCCAUGCAUUUGCAGAAAGGGACUUUUCUUGCAUUGCACUGCACUUGAGAGCUUUGGGCACGUUCUUGAGAAGAUGCAACCUGAAAAUGCUGAUGUAAGACAGGUCAUUUGUACAGGAGGGUCCUUAUGAGGGUCCAUCAUAAAUGUAAAGAUGUUUUCUGUGGAAUUUGGAUGGAAAUUAAAUAAGAAACAAAAUAUGACAAACUCAAAUCGAUCGCAUUUCUCUGGUUACCUGUGUCAGCGAUUUAGAGUAGAUUUCACAGAAUUGGGGAGGGGUACAACAGGAAGUACUACCUCUGCAGGCCACAUCACGGUUUUCCCCGUGCGUGUGAUGUCACUUGUUCCACGGCGGACUGAACCCCUGUAGAGUGGAAAGUACAAGCUCACCCCUUUAUAAAGCGGACCGCAUCAGUGAGAUGAUCAUCUUCGAGGCUAUCAGCCACCGAUAAAGCGACCAGCAGCACAUCAAGAUCUGAUCAGCGACCGACCACAGACCCAAACAUGAGACCCCACUGCAUCUUCAUCGCCUGCCUUGUGCUCUUCGCUUUCUGCUCACUGGCUCAGAGUGAAUUCAGCCAAGGUCCCGAAAAGUGCUGCUUUUCUUUUUCCAAUGUAAAAAUCCCAGUUAAGCAGGUUGAGAGUCAUCAUACUACCCAUCUUGAGUGCCACAGGAGUGGUGUCAUUGUCAUCACUAAAGCCCAAAAAGAGAUCUGUGUUGACCCAUCAGAGAGAUGGGUUCAGAGACUGAUCAACUUGGUGGGUGCUCGAAACAUGAAGGAGAUGUCACAUAGCAGCUCUGGGGACAGCGAUUAAGAUGUGAACGGCUCUUCACUUUUCAAACUAUUGAAUUGAACAGUUUUCAAACUGGUUUUAAGCUGAUUUUAUUUAAAAGUAAUAAUAUGUAUGCACCUGCACAAUGAUGUUAAUCAAUUAAGAAGACUGUGAUAUAUAUUCAAAUAUAUUCAAAGCAUAUUUAAGAUACAAAUGUAAUCUGAACAUGUAAUAAGUUUACAUUUUUUAACUUCACUAUAUGCAAAAUAAAGAUCAUGGAAAGACA